AUGGACAGGCUAUCUAAAAUAAUAGUAAAAAAGUAUUUUCCUAGUUUUGAAAACUUCCAACCUCGAGAUCGUGUCACGAAUGACGAAUAUAGGAUCGUAAAGAGAUGCACGCUGGAUGAUUUACUCGAGACCGAAUCGAAUCCGGCCGGUCUGGAACAGAUUUGCGAAGGAGAAAAGAUGCAAACAGCGGAAUAUUACAAACAGAAAAAGAAAAAUUUUGAACGAAAUCUGGCAAAAUUCCACCGUAAACCUGCGCCUAUUCCGCGACAGCGUCGUGUUGUUAGGACAGGGGUACCUACUACGCACGCUAAUCUUACGGAUGCUAAUGGCAAUCCAUCUGUUGCAGCUCAGGAUAACCAGCUUGCCUCUCAUGAUAAUCAACCUACAACUCAAUUUAUUGUAGCAGAAGAGUUGCAGGAACCGACUAGGUCCAAUGACGCCUACAAACCACAACAUGAUCCAUAUCAGCUGCCGGAAGAAAUGGCACCCUUACCAUCUAUACAGCCGUCUGCACUGUUACCCGAAGAUGACAACUUUGGCAGUCAGGAUGUGGACGGGGCUCGGGAUUUUUUGCAAUUAUGCACCGGUGAGGAGUUACCACCGAUGUCGCUGAGAGAAUCAAUGACGCGCGAGAUGUUGAUGGCACAGUUUCCCAGCCUCCCGAAGAUUGCACCGAUGGUGGACAACUUUCAAGAGCUAGACUUGAGAGGAAUCAAUACACCUCUGUUCAAAAGGCCGUUACAGACCAGUACACCGCUUGUAGCGAGUGUUGAACAAGUUGCACAAUUACCGCUGCCUGCACUGGAAGAACUGAUUCCAGAGCAGGAAUUGGUUGACGAACAAGUCAUUCCGAACGCGACUGUUGAAACGGUUCCAACAGCUACUGCACCCGUUUCAACAUCAACUGCACCGGUUUUAACAUCAAUUGCCCCCGUUUCAACAUCAGCUGCACCCAUUCCAAUAUCAGCUGCAUCCGUUCCGACAUCAGCUGCAUCCAUUCCAACGGGUGAAAGUUCUGAGCAAAGGAAUGCUGAGGUGGCACAGCUACUGCUAUCUACCAGUUCCUCCACGAAUCAUUCAGAAGUAUUUGCACCACAACCAAGACGCAUUCAACGAGAGGUCUCAUUUACCAGACAGCUGGUGCCGUACCCAUCGACCGCACCAAUGCCAAGGGAAAGGCGAAAUUUCGAUAUCUUCAGUUUUCGCUGUCCUACGAUUUGGAACAAAACGAUACAAGACGUUCAAACACAACUAGAAGCACGUUUGAAACAACAAUUGCGGGAAGUACCUACAACACGGGAGGCGUUGACGGAUAAGAGGAUGGAUUCAGGCUUCCAACAAUUGCGAGAAGUACCCAUUCUACGGGAGGCUUUAACGGAUCAAAGGGUAGAUUCAGGUUUUCAGCAGACGACAGUGGACGAUGUUCCUAAAGGUAACUUGACCGAACCAUCGAACUUGCAAAUAGAUGCUGAAGUACCCGGCAAACUAGAUCCGACACUGACAUCGGAUAUAAUUGCGACCAUGCAACCGAUCUCACUAGAUCAGCCGGGUUCAAUUGAUGUACAGUUGGUAGAAGUCUCAGAUCGCGUCCAGUUGAAACUUGCAUCUACAGCGUCGUCUUUCAGCCAAGAGAAAACGACAGUAGAGAAAAGAUUACCGGUGGUACAGCAUGUUCCUUUAUUACAGGAAUCGGCAGCAAAUACUGUCAUGCAACCGGUAAUCGUAACAGAAUCAAAUCACCAUAAGAAAGGUCAACAGAAGAGGCAAAAUAAGAAAACGAUGCAGAACGAGAUUGAUCCAAUAUCUGAUAUAAGCUCAGUACUGUUUAACCAGGCGAAGGAACUCGACCCAAUUCCGGAAGACGAUGAUUUUGUGCCAGAUAUAGCACCACUAGAUGCUACGAUCGUCGACAUACUGAACGUAGUACAGGGGGAAAUGAGCAACACGAAGAUAGAUUCGGUUCCAGUAGAACGCUUAGAGCAGUUGUUACGUAUUGAUUCCGCUCUGGCCGCAGCGAAAAUGUUCAAAAACUUCAUACUUCUGAGGAUGGCUGGUCUGCUGGAGAUCGAGACAAACGCUCAAUUGCGUAUUGCUAACGUUAGUAUCAAACUGCCACAGGUAGAUGAUCUUGAUAUACUUUAA